GAGGCAAAAUACCAAAUCUAUACGAUUAUAAGAGCCAUUGAUCGCAGCAAAGGAAGCAGGAAGAGAAGGAAAGUAUCAGUUGAACUAAAUCGAACACGUGCACAAAAAUGGCAGAUGAAGUAGUUCUGUUGGCUGCUAAGUUCACUCGUUUUGGCGAAAGGGUAAAGAUUGCUUUGGCAGAAAAGGGAAUUAAAUAUGAAUUUAAGGAAGAAGAUUUAAAUAACAAAAGCCCUCUCCUUUUAGAGAUGAACCCUGUCCAUAAGCAAAUCCCUGUUUUGAUCCACAAUGGGAAACCCAUUUGCGAGUCGAUGAUCAUUAUCCAGUACAUCGAUGAGGUCUGGAUUGAUGGAGCUCCAUUGUUGCCCUCUGAUCCUUAUCAACGAGCUCAAGCCAGGUUCUGGGCUGACUAUAUCGACAAGAAGAUUUAUCCCAAUGCAAGGAUGUUGUGGAAUUCUGAAGGAGAAGUGAAAGAAACAUACACAAAGAACUUAAUUGAAAGCUUUCAGACAUUAGAAAGAGAGCUUGGAGACAAGCCUUUUUUUGCAGGGGAGAGCUUUGGUUAUGUAGAUGUGGCACUCGUACCUUUCUAUAGCAUCUUUUACACAAUUGAGAUUUUCGGGAAUUUUAGCAUGACAGUGGAGUGCCCUAAGAUAGUUGAAUGGGCUGCUAGAUGCUUGGAGAAGGAGACUGUUUCUAAGUCCAUAGCUGAUCCUCUCCAGUACUAUGAAGCUAUUACAAGAAUGUUAAAGAAGGAUUGAAGUGUCAUAAUUAUAAUUUAUAGCACCACAAGCUUUAUUUAUGGUGAUUCAAUAAUAGCAAGUUGAUGAGUUAAAAGAAUCAACUUUCACUUGUUUUUUCUUUUUUUGGUUAAAUUUACACUUAACGCGAAUUCAAUACCUGAAUACUGUUGAGAUAUGUCGUCAAAUAAAGUCAACUUAAUUGUCAUUUUCUUGA